CCAAAUCUUUCCAGGCACAGGGAGGCACAAUGCCAGAGAAUCUGAAUCCUCUUCGGGCUUUUUGGGGUUUUUUCUUUAUCUUCUGGACAGCUUUUAACACAGCCUUAGUGGAUGUGGUUGGAUCGGAGCAGCAGAUCCCCUUGUCUGUUGUAAAGCUCUGGGCCUCAGCAUUUGGUGGGGAGAUCAAAUCUAUUGCAGCCAAGUACUCAGGUUCCCAGCUCCUGCAGAAGAAAUACAAAGAAUAUGAGAAGGAUGUUGCAAUAGAAGAAAUUGAUGGCCUUCAGCUUGUGAAAAAGUUAGCAAAGAAUAUGGAAGAAAUGUUUCAUAAAAAGUCUGAAGCUGUACGGCGUCUUGUUGAAGCUGCAGAAGAUGCUUACCUGAAACAUGAGUUUGAUGCUGACUUACAGUAUGAGUACUUCAAUGCUGUGCUCAUAAAUGAACGCGAUGAAGAAGGAAACUAUCUGGAGCUGGGGAAGGAGUUCAUUCUAGUGCCAAAUGACCACUUCAACAACUUGCCUGUGAACAUCAGUCUGAGUGAUGUCCAAGUACCAACCAACAUGUACAAUAAGGAUCCAGCCAUUGUAAAUGGAGUUUAUUGGUCAGAAUCUUUAAAUAAGGUGUUUGUUGAUAAUUUUGAUCGUGACCCUUCUCUCAUCUGGCAGUACUUUGGAAGUGCAAAAGGAUUUUUCAGACAAUAUCCAGGAAUUAAAUGGGAACCUGAUGAGAAUGGAGUCAUUGCAUUUGACUGCCGAAAUAGAAAAUGGUAUAUCCAGGCAGCAACUUCUCCAAAAGAUGUAGUAAUUUUGGUAGAUGUCAGUGGCAGCAUGAAAGGGCUUCGCUUGACUAUUGCAAAACAGACAGUUUCAUCUAUUUUGGAUACCCUUGGAGAUGACGACUUCUUCAAUAUCAUUGCUUAUAAUGAAGAACUUCACUAUGUAGAGCCGUGUCUGAAUGGAACAUUAGUUCAAGCAGACAGAGCCAACAAAGAGCAUUUCAGGGAACACCUUGACAAACUUUUUGCAAAAGGAAUUGGAAUGCUGGAUAUUGCUUUAAAUGAAGCUUUCAACAUGCUCAACGAAUUCAAUCACACAGGACAAGGAAGUAUUUGCAGCCAAGCCAUAAUGUUGAUUACUGAUGGAGCUGUGGACACGUAUGAUACAAUAUUUGCAAAAUAUAAUUGGCCAGACAGAAAAGUUCGUAUUUUUACCUAUCUGAUUGGAAGAGAAGCUGCUUUUGCUGAUAACCUGAAGUGGAUGGCCUGUGCGAACAAAGGGUUUUUUACUCAGAUCUCUACCUUAGCUGAUGUUCAAGAGAAUGUCAUGGAAUAUCUCCAUGUUCUUAGCCGACCAAAAGUUAUUGACCAAGAGCACGAUGUAGUAUGGACUGAAGCAUAUAUUGACAGCACUCUCCCUCAGGCUCAAAAGCUUGCUGAUGAUCAGGGAUUGGUGUUGAUGACAACUGUUGCCAUGCCAGUAUUUAGUAAGCAAAAUGAGACUAGAUCUAAAGGGAUUCUUCUGGGAGUAGUUGGCACAGAUGUUCCAGUUAAAGAGCUCUUAAAAACUAUUCCAAAAUACAAGUUAGGUAUUCAUGGAUACGCUUUUGCUAUUACAAACAAUGGAUACAUUUUGACUCAUCCAGAACUUAGGCCUUUGUAUGAAGAGGGGAAGAAACGAAGAAAGCCCAACUACAGUAGUGUGGAUCUUUCCGAGGUUGAGUGGGAAGACAGAGAUGAUGUGCUCCGAAAUGCAAUGGUGAAUCGGAAAACAGGGAAAUUCUCCAUGGAAGUGAAGAAGACAGUGGACAAAGGGAAGCGAGUAUUGGUGAUGACAAAUGACUACUAUUAUACAGACAUCAAGGGUACUCCUUUCAGUUUAGGUGUGGCUCUCUCUAGAGGACAUGGAAAAUACUUCUUCAGAGGGAAUGUAACUGUAGAAGAAGGUUUACAUGAUUUAGAACACCCCGAUGUAUCUUUAGCAGAUGAAUGGUCCUAUUGCAACACCGACUUACAUCCUGAACACCGUCAAAUGACUCAGUUAGAAGCAAUUAAACGCUACCUCACAGGAAAAGAACCAUUGCUCCAAUGUGAUAAAGAAUUGAUCCAGGAAGUUCUGUUUGAUGCAGUCGUGAGUGCACCAAUUGAAGCUUAUUGGACCAGUCUAGCGUUAAAUAAAUCAGAAAACUCUGACAAGGGAGUGGAAGUUGCCUUCCUUGGAACACGGACUGGACUAUCUCGUAUCAACCUGUUUGUGGGUCCGGAACAGCUUACUAAUCAAGAUUUCCUGACAGCUGAGGAUAAGGAGAACAUUUUUAAUGCUGACCAUUUUCCACUCUGGUACAGAAGAGCUGCUGAGCAGAUACCUGGGAGCUUUGUCUAUUCAAUCCCAUUUAGUACAGAAACCGCAAACAAAAGCAAUGUAGUGACAGCCAGUACUGCUAUUCAGCUUUUGGAUGACAGAAAAUCUCCAGUUGUUGCAGCUGUAGGUAUCCAGAUGAAACUUGAAUUUUUCCAGCGGAAAUUUUGGACUGCUAGCAGACAGUGUGCAUCUCUCGAUGGCAGAUGUGCUAUAAGUUGUGAUGACGAAACAAUCAACUGUUACCUAAUAGAUAACAAUGGAUUUAUUUUAGUGUCUGAAGACUAUAGACAGACUGGUUACUUUUUUGGGGAGGUUGAAGGGGCUGUGAUGAACAAGUUACUAACAAUGGGCUCCUUUAAGAGAAUUACACUUUAUGACUACCAGGCCAUGUGUAGAACAAACAAAGAGAGUAGCGACAGUGCCCAUAGCUUACUGGACCCUUAUAAUGCCUUCUUUGCUGCAGUAAAAUGGAUUAUGACUGAGCUUGUCUUGUUCCUUGUGGAAUUCAAUCUAUGCAGUUGGUGGCACUCUGAUCUAACAGCAAAAGCGCAGAGGUUGAAACAAACCCUAGAGCCCUGUGAUACUGAAUAUCCAGCUUUUGUUUCCGAACGCACUAUAAAGGAGACCACUGGGAAUAUUGCUUGCGAUGACUGUUUCAAGUCUUUUGUUAUCCAGCAAAUCCCAAGCAGCAAUCUCUUCAUGGUGGUAGUAGAUAAUGAAUGCUUCUGUGAUUCCAUCCCACCAAUUACCAUGGCACCUAUAGAAAUAAGAUAUAAUGAAUCCCUUAAAUGUGAACGUUUAAAAUCUCAGAAGAUAAGACGACGCCCAGAAUCUUGUCAUGGAUUUCACCCUGAAGAAAAUGCAAGAGAAUGUGGUGGUGUCUCAGGCCUUAGUGCUAAACCUCCUCUUGUUCUUCUUCCUCUGCUAUUGACGAUUUUCUCAAGGUGACAUUGACUGAUGUGUUCAAUUGGCAUGCUAAUACGUGGAUAAACUGUGAACUGGGAAAUGGUGCAACAUAGAGGACAUGAAAUAUAGUCAGAGCAUCAGCAUUUCAUGAUUUUAAACUGUUGGUGAUAUAAAUUCUUAAAGAUAUGUUGAAAAAAAGAUUUAUCUUUUUACUUUGCAAGUCAUGCAGGUGUGAAUUUGGCUUAUGGUAGUCAUGAUUCAUCAAAAAAGGACUUGGUAGAUAGAGGUGACCAUU